CAACCACUCUCUCUCUCUAACAUUUUUUUCUCUCUCCACAUCUAUUUCUCUUUCUCUCUCUCUCUCUUGGCGAUAGCGAAAAAUGAAACUUCUUGGAGGGAUCAUAUUCAUGGGGGUGACCCCAAUUCCCAUCGUCACUAAUUCGCCCACUGUCUCACUUUCUCUCUCUUCCGUCAAAUUUUUGGAAAUUACUCUCAUUGUUUCGUAGUUGGGCGGGUAGUACUCUUUCAUUACACUCCCGUUUUUUGGUUCUUCUGUUUUCUCGGGAAAAGACCGAAAAAAUAAUUUUUAUUUUUUGGGUGAAGUUUGGUUUAUUGAAGUUGCUUUAGAUUUCUAUUUGUUUUUUUCACAAAAUUUUAACACUUUUGUUUAAUAUAUAUAUAUUAUAUUUGUGUAAUUUAAUAAUUCAUACAUGAUUUCUUAGAACAUUUAGUGUUUUUUUUUUCAAUUUUGUAGGGAAAUUUUGUGAUCCGACUUUUUCUGUGAGAUUUAGACAAUAGUAUUUCAUUCAAAGCUUGUACUUUUAUUAAAAUUAAUUGCUCAAUUAGUUUUUCUUUUCCUGUCUACUGUUAAAAUAAAUAAUUUAUAUUUAUUGAAACCAUUAGAUUGGAUCCCAUUUCUGUAGUAAAUAAUUUAUUGUAUAACAUUCACACCUUUGUUAAAAUUUUAUAGAAAGUUUUAAGUUUUUGGCUUCUAUCUUGAUUAGUUUCAAUAUUUGAAUCUGGGAUUUUGGUUUGAUGGGGAAUUAGUUCCAAAGCUGAUUUUAAUAUAAAAAUAAUGGCUAUUUCAACUGAACCCUCAUCUUCUUUGAGUUUUACUUCAUCUUCCCACUUGUCAAAUGGCUCCCAAAGUCAAAACUUCUGCUCCUCCUCUGGCUCUGAGGCUGUGUUGCCUAGCCUUGAAGUCAUGGGCCUAAACAAGUUGAGUUCUAGCUUGGAGCAGCUGCUCUUGGUUGAUCCCACUACUUCUGAUUACAGUGAUGCUGAAGUUGUUGUUGAGGGAGAUUCAGUGGGAGUUCACCGCUGUAUAUUGGCUUCCAGGAGUAGUUUCUUUAAUGAUCUUUUCAAGAAAGAUAAAGGAGGGGUUUCUGAAAAGGGAGGCAAAUCCAAGUACUAUAUGAAAGAUUUGUUGCCUUAUGGGAAUGUUGGGUAUGAAGCUUUUUUGGUUUUCUUGAACUAUGCCUAUACAGGAAGGCAUAAGCCUUCUCCCAUGGAGGUGUCAACUUGUGUGGACAACAUCUGUCCCCAUGAUUCGUGUAGACCUGCUAUUAAUUUUGCUGUGGAGAUGAUGUAUGCAUCAUCUAUUUUCAAGAUGCCAGAGCUGGUGUCACUGUUCCAGCGCCGGCUUCUUAACUUUGUUGGAAAAGCCCUUGUUGAGGAUGUCAUCCCGAUUCUCGUAGCUUCAUUCCAUUGUGAAUUGAGUCAGCUCUUUGCUCAAUGCAUUGAUAGAGUGGCACGAUCAGAUAUUGAACUUAUAUCUCUUGAGAAGGAGCUUCCUUAUGAAGUUGCUGAGAAAAUUAAAUUGCUCCGCAAAAAGCCCGAAUGUAGUGAAGAAGAUAACACAGAAUCUCUAGAUCCCUUACGUGAAAAAAGAAUUAGGAGAAUACAUAAAGCCUUGGAUUCAGAUGAUGUUGAACUUGUGAAACUUCUUUUAACUGAAUCUGAUGUAACAUUAGAUGAUGCCAAUGCGCUUCACUAUGCUGCAGCUUACUGUGAUCCCAAAGUUGUAAAUGAGGUGCUUGGUCUGGGUCUGGCUGAUGUCAACCUUCGAAAUUCUCGUGGUUACACUGUGCUUCACAUUGCUGCAAUGAGAAAGGAGCCAUCAAUUAUAGUGUCACUUCUAAAUAAAGGAGCUGGUGCAUCAGAGCUAACGUCAGAUGGUCAAAGCGCAGUAAGUAUCUGCCGGAGAUUGACAAGGCCAAAGGAUUAUCAUGCGAAAAAGGAGCAGGGACAAGAAACUAACAAAGAUCGGAUAUGUAUUGAUGUUCUAGAAAGAGAAAUGUGGAGAAAUCCAAUGGCCCCAGAACAAUCUAUGUCUUUGCAUACAAUGGCUGACGAUUUCUACAUGAGGUUGCUUUACCUGGAAAACAGGGUGGCAUUUGCUCGAUUAUUCUUUCCAUCUGAGGCCAAGCUGGCAAUGGACAUUGCCCAUGCUGAAACAACAUCUGAGUCUGCUAGGCUUUCUAAUUCAAAGGGUUCAAAUGGAAAUUUGAGGGAGGUUGAUUUAAAUGAAACUCCACUUGUGCAGAGAAAGAGACUUUUUUCUAGGAUGGAAGCCCUUGGGAAAACAGUGGACAUGGGCAGACGUUACUUCCCCCAUUGCUCAGAAGUUCUAGACAAGUUCAUGGAAGAUGACCUGCCUUCGAUGCUUUACCUCGAGACAGGCACUCCAGAGGAGCAGAAGAUCAAAAGGACAAGAUUCAUGGAGCUUAAAGAGGAUGUCCAGAAUGCAUUCAACAAGGACAAGGCCGAGUUCAACCGAGCUGGUGGGUUGUCUUCCUCAUCAUCCUCAUCUUCUCUAAAACUAAAAGAUGGUGUGAAGCAAAAGGCCAGAAAGUUGUUGUAGCUUACAAGGCUUGUAAAUUUUUGUCUCUAAUUUAACAAAAUAAGGUAUAACUGCAGGUGAGAGCCUCUUGUAAGUGUUUUGGCUAUUCUUGUAUGUCUGUAUUAUAAAGUAGCACAAGUGCUUUAUAUUUUAACCACUCUCUACUAAAUAGCAAAAUGUCAAUCUAUUACUGAUGAUGCUUGACACCGUAUGCUGUGUGAAGGGAAAUUCAUGUGAUUCUUUUUGCUUGAUUGA